CUAAACCCUUCUAGAUUUUCUAUUCAUCCAUUUUAUGAGCAAGUCGUGUAAGUUCAAGGGAUCGCAAGCGGGCUGGUCGUUUAAUCUCCCCAGAAAAUGUCUGAGAAAAGAUGUAAGACAGGCGAGGCUUUAUGAAGAUGAGAAAUGGCAUACCAGGUUGCUGUCAUCCGCGAACCUGCAUUUUCAUCCUAGUGAAAAGGAAACAUUUUCAGAAAAUCUGUAAAAUUAGUUUUGUCUCCUGAUAGUAAGAUGGAUCUAGUCCUGUAAAGAAUGGAAGUGAUGCACAACAGCUCAGACAGAAAUCAACCUUUAAACUCCAAGUCCUUAGACACCACACCUGAUGUUGCUGGUUUAUCAACUGUUGCUUCAACAAAAGGAACCAAAGGAAUGGUUUACCAACAGUGUUCUGACCCUCUGGACAAAAGAAUCUCUGGGCUAAAAGAGCCGCCAGCUGUAUUUGAUCAUCAAUAUGCAAGUGAAAAGCAAAGUAAGGAAAAGACAUUCGUCAGCGAAGACAUGGAAUUAUUUGAUGAACUCCAAACUGGACACGACACAACUGGUCAAAGAACAGAACAAGCUAUGUCAUCAGAGAAAGAAAAUAGUACUCAUUUAGAAAAUGAUCAGAGCUCAUCAAAUGGAACUUACCCUAUGGUUACAAAAAGGUUCCGAACACUUGUAAAACGAAAGAGUAUGUUUGAUGGUCUAAAUUUUCAAAAGGAUGAUGUCAAUCAGGCAUCUGAAAAUACAGAAAUGAAUCCCAGUGGCUGGAAAUGUGGAUAUUGUGGCCUUACAUUCAUGGGUGAAAAAGAUAUUGUUACUCAUUUGAAGAAGCAUGAAGGGCUUACCCCCAAAGAAAAUGCAAAUAAAACUUUUAAUAGUAAAUAUUCUGCCACACAGAUUGAAGAACAAAUAAGUCAUGGCAUCAACAACAAAGAAUGUGAAAAGUCAAAGGUUAACAAAAAUCACUGUCAACUUUUGCCUAUUUAUAAUGGAGCGAUAUCGAUAUCCUCUCAGAUAAAUCGACGAAGAGGUUCUCGUGUGCCGAACUCAAUAGAAAUGGUUAAUGUUUCCAUUAAAAGUAAAAGCCAGACCUCUGGUCCAAUGGCUAGUGUUGGAAAAAGAAAUGCAAAAAAGAAGUUAGGUGAUGAUUUUAUUGUACCUCAAAGUCGAAGUAAGCAUAAACAGUCGCCUCCCAUUGAAAUCGGUGCCCAGGAAAAAUCUCCUGUAAAGGUCAAGUCUAAAGUGAGUGCAGAGAGAAAAAAGAAAACUUCAAGUUGCAGUACUGGGAAUGGAGGAGAAGACAAGAAGUUGCAAUUUAGGACUGUUUCAAGCAAAAGUCGACUAUUCGGUAAACAAGAAAGGCAAAUAGAUGAAGAUAAAAGUUUGUUACUGAAGUGUCCACAGUGUUGCUGUUGUUUUUUGAGGAAUGAAUCUUAUUCCGAACAUAUGAUGCAACAUAAUUGUUCCAUGCCAUAUCAGUGUUUGCAGUGUGAACUGAAAUUUUCUCAUUUUCAAGGGCUCAAAUCUCACAUUGAGAAUCAUGAAUGUAAGUUCUCUGUUCCUUCUACUUUUUCUUGUGGUAUGUGCAAAUCACAGUUUAGAGACAUGCCGGAGCUGCAAGAACAUAAAACUAAAUGUGAACAUUCAAAAAAUCAAAGUGACCAGGACACUGUUUCAAGUAAGAACAGAUUCCCUUUGGCUUUGAGGAGACACAUUUCAAAGCAAGUCGGCAACAAGGAAAAGAAUUUGCACAAAUGCUUCCCUUGUAAGAGAACAUUCAAAGACAGAAGACUGUUGUUCAUCCACAAAAAACGUCACCCCAAUGCCUAUAAACCUUUCAAAUGUGACAUUUGCAGUCAGAGUUUUGCUGUGAAGAAAUGGUUGGACAAUCAUGCUCAAAGACAUGUGGUGGAACGCAAGUUUCCUUGUGAUAUUUGUGGUAAGAAAUACUUAACAAAAGGAGAUGCUGUCAUGCACAAAAGAAGGCACACUUUAGACAGAAAGUUUCAUUGUGAUAUUUGCCAAAAGAACUUUGUAUACAGAUCAGAACUUAAUUCUCACUUGAAAAAACAUCAAGGAGUUAAACUGCCAAAAAAUAUCGCCUGUGAUACCUGUGGCAAAAAGUUUGCCACGCGGCGAGAUCUUCAACGACACACCACUGUUCACACCGGAGAACAGCCUUACGAGUGCCCGUUGUGUGGAAAGAAAUUUUCUCAAGAAGUGAACAUGCAAAUACACAUAAAAAUUCACACCAACAUCCGACCGCAUAAGUGUGGUGAAUGUGAGAAAAGCUUCAUCACGAAGAGUAAACUCCUCCGACAUCAAGUUAUUCACACCAAACCCAAAGCCUCUCUACCUAAGCCUUACAAGUGUUUGCUUUGUCCGCGUCAGUACACAGCGGAGAACAGUCUUAUUCGGCACUUAAAAAGCCACCGAGAGUCCCCGGGGACAGUGACGUCUGUCACGGAGGUGUUGAAUAAAGCCAUGGAGGAUUCCAAAAAAAAAGACGGUAUCACUUCUGGAUCUGUUCUUGCUUCUUUGAUAGAUCAAGCAAUUCGUGAUGCCAAAAUUAUAUCCAAGAAAGGAAAGGAGAAAUCCACGGCACCUGAACGUUCCAUGGCUGAAAUCAUUGAUCAGGCCAUACACAACUCCAAGGCAGUCAGUCUUGGAACCCAGACCCCUAUUCUUGUGAAAGAUGCAAACAAAUUCUCGAAGCCAAAAGGUGGCUUAAGUAAACCUAUUGAAAGUAUAAGUGAAAGCAAUUUAGCGAAACAUCCCAAACAAAGUAAGCAGCUCUCGUCUGUUCAAACUGUCAUUGUCAAACCUAAAGGCACUGUUGUUAAUUAUGGCCCCACAGACCACAGGAAAUUUCAUCAAAAUCCUACAGUCUUACAGCAAAUAAAACUUAAUGCCGAUUCUGUACGUUGCAUCCCAAUGCAAGAGAUUCACCAUCAGAAUUUGAAUGGUAGAGGAAAGUUGCUUUCCAACAAUAUGACUGUGAUUGGUCCCAACCAAACUCAGUUCUUAGUCCAUUCCCCAUUGCAAACCCCAGACAGCAGGACAAAUAUACCUGUUUCUCAUGUUGCUUCUUCAUCAAAGCAAUAUGAUGCAGUCCCCUCUGUCCUGAAGACCUCAUUCAUAGAAGCAACAGACCUUCCCACAACCUCAAAACAAGUCUACAGUUCUGAAGUUCAAAUACUGGAGAGAACACCUCAUUUAACUGCCGGCUUUGAACCUCACAAAGUGAAGAACGCUCAUUCUUUAUCCCCUGAUUUCAACAAUGGCAAUCAUUUUAUCAUACUCCCUACCAAGCAGGAACCUGUGAGUCAUCAUAUACCAGUACAACCUCAGUCAGAAGAUACCAAAUAUUUCAUUCUCCAGACUGAUACUCAGGGAAGGACCAUAGUUUUACAGACACCCGUCAUUUCUGUGGACCCAGGAGACCAGAUCACAGAAACUCAGUUCUCCCAUUUUCAGGGUGCUCCAGGCCCGGUGAAUAAUUUACCUUCUGUGACUCAUCUUGUCGAAAACAGAAUAGAAAGUCCUCAACAUGUUUCUUUUCUCAAUAAAAGGCUUCAUACAUUGGUACCCGAUCCUACAGUCAUUCAAGAGCACUCAAAGAUUGAGUCUGUGGAAUCUGCUUUUGUAAAUCAGGAUAUUGUACCUGGAGAAGAAACGGGGGAAGUCUAUUCUUAUCCUACAGUUCCUAUUACGGAACACCUGGAUGGCAAUGUUGAGUUUACUGUUGCGGAGGUGCCCCAUCUGGAUAGCUCACAGAAUAUCUUUUACUCAGGACAGGAACUGAUUGUGAGCCGAGACGCCUCGGGACAAGAAUUGAUUAUAAGCAGAGAAGAGGUGGAAGACCCGGACACCUUGAUGGAAAUACCAACUGAGUUUGUGACUGAUGGUCUGGACGCCAAGUCCAUCAGUCAAGAUAGCACUUCCUUCUACACGGUUGACACCUCUGGGGCUCUUGAAACUGUUGCAGCGUUAGGGAUUGCUCCAAGUCUGUCCGACUCCAUGGCUGGACCAUCUUUUGACAAUGAGGGCAGCCAUAUUCUCUGUAAUGUGCCUUCAUCUGUCAUCACAGACGCCCAGUUUUUAGAACAAGAAAUUCUUCAGGCAUUAGAAAAAAGAAUCUGCCCCUCGGAGCAUGAUGGGUCGAACGAGGACAUUGUAUUAGCUGAUACUCAAGAUACAUUUCAUGUGUAACAACAGUAUUGUAGUGCCUAGCAUUGAUAUCUCGUUCUGCCACAUUAUGUUUGGUUUUCAAGAGACAUUUUAUAACUCAUCUCAUGCACAUAUAUCAUCGAUAUUCUUUUCUACCUCACUGAAGGCACCGCAGAGGAUUGCAUUUUCUUAAGCAGCAGCUUGCCUACUGGUGUGCUUCAUGUCUAUGAGAAAGAUCCUGGCCUAUGACAGCUGGGAUGAAGGUAAAAUUUACACCAGAAACUCAUCCAGACCAUGUAUUGCCAGGAUGUGAAAAUGAAGACUUGGUUCAGGCUUUAUGAACUGACAGACUUUUGCGUUUUUAAUGGGUAGGGUUGUUUGUAUUUAUUUCAAGGAAGUACCUAGAAUUAGGAAUUGAAUAUAUAAGGUUCUAUUGUUUACUGAAGAAAGGUUUUUGUCCCUCCUGACAUUUCAUUGCCAGUUUGUUCCUUUGUUUUAUGAGAUCCACUUCAGGGUGUUUUUGUACUUUUUAUCUCAUGUGAACAAAUGAUAUUUCCUUUCAUAGUUUGUAAAUUGAGAUGUAAUGUUUAAGAAGUAUCCAGAUACACAUCUGGAGCUCAAAUUCCUUUACAGUUUACAGCAUACACAUGUAUUCAUACCGUUCCUCUCUUCUGUCUUUAAAUCUUUUUCAACAUUUCCGUCCCGAUCAAACUACGUCAUGUACGUGCAGGCUAUUGUCCAAACACCAUUGAUCUUUUUAAUUUAAAAGUGUUUAGUUCUGUCUUUAUAAAUUGUCUCUCCAGUCGUAAUACAGAACUCUCUCUCUUUGUUAUUCUCUGUCUCACUUUCAUCUUUUUUUGUCCUCUUCUUGUCUCACUUUCGUCUUUUUUUGUCCACUUCUUGUCUCACUUUCAUCUUUUUUUGUCCACUUCUUGUCUCACUUUCAUCUUUUUUUGUCCUCUUCUUGUCUCCUUGCAUCUUAUUUUCCCAUUUGGUUCCUGUUUUCAAUGUAGCGUUUCCUUAAUCUUUUGACUUGGCUUGUUUGUUUCCUUGUUUCACUUUUUGACAUAAAGGAGUUUCUAUGCUAUGAUCAUGGUACUCACUCCUGCAAUAGUCAGAAUUGAUAACCUCUGUUUAUCUGUCCUCAGAGAAAUUUACUCGCGCAACUUUUGCCCUCAGCGCAACUUUUGCCAUUUUCGUCAAUUCAAGAAUUUUAGCCAAUUUUCCGCAAAAGUUGGAAAAUAAUGAUUAAAUUUCCUUUAAAAUUACCGAAACUUUCAUCCACGGUUAUAAAUAACUGCGCCAAGGGGAACAAAUUGCACCUGAAGCAGAUCUUCCACGUCUUUUGCACUAGUGCUGUUCGUCAUCACUGUUAACUGCUUUCAGUGUGUAUUUUUGUGUGUUUUUGUUUUUAUUUUCUUUCUUUGUUUUUUUAUUGUGUUCAUGUGUUUGUAGAACUUCUUUGCCUAGUAGGGUAAUAUGGACCUUUUUUUUUCAAACCAGCAGAGAGUAUGCAUUUAUGGACAUAACAUAAUGAAAUUUUGUAGACACACAGAUUUCUUUAAUACAGUGCAGGCUGUUUGCAAAAAGAUGAUGUGAACUCAUGUUCGUCGAACAUGUCACGCGAAGUGGGAUAAAUGCCACAUGACCUGAAACCAUUUAUUGCUGAUAUUUACUUUCAAGUAGGGUUCACAAAAUAGAGACGACACUUGAAGUAGUGAAGCUGUCCCUCUGCCCUACCCGGGUGAUUCCUAAGCCACUUUUGAACAGCGGAGUCAUAGUAGGUCUGCAGGGGCUUUAAAAAACUUCAGUCGAGGGGUUGUAAUUUGUAUGUCGUGUGCGAUGGCAGGCUUAACAUCUCCCCAAAGUUUUCUUUGGCUAAACUUAUAGCCUCAAGGUUCAUAGUGUGGCUUCUGUGCCCAUCCAAAAUUAUCAACACUUUCUUCUCUUUCGAAGGUUCUUGAAGGGAUGGGCUCUGGGCCGGCUCACUUGUUCUCUGGUCAGUUUAAACGUUAUUUUCAAGAAGCCAUCAUUUAGCUGACGCUCAGAGCAAAAAGUGUCAUUAAAAAGGGGAGAAAAAAAACCCCCACCCUUCAUUAAAGCCCAGCUCACUUUUAUACUGAAAGAAAGUGAAGAAGCAAACAGUCACCUUUCUGUGUCUCCCACUUCACUGUGUAGGUAAACUUGUUCUUUUGUGGCAGGGCCCGCCCCAUUACGGUAUUACCUCUUCCUCCAAGUCCCCCAACAGUCUGGAAGACUCCUCGUUCAUUUCUGGAUCCUCCGUCAAAUCUUUGAACCUAUUGAUUAAUUGUGCUGACUUUGAACUUCUUCAUACUUACAUCAUGUGCUAGUGCAUGAACUUACAAACAUAUUUUCUUUAACAAUUUUUGUAUUACAUGUAUACAUAAUAUGUUUAAUUUUUUUGUUUAUGUGACAUGGAUAUCGUGUCACAACUUAAAUACAUGUAUUAAAGUCUGGCUCUGUACAGCCAUGUUGAAAAUAAUCUUAGAAGUCUAAUUGAAAUUUGUUGUCUUGUUUGCACAACUGCUUAAUGUAUUUGUCUCUUUUGCAUUUUUUGGUGUAGUCUUCUUUUCUGUCUUCAUAUUACUUUAGAGUGUAUGGGUGGAGUGCGGCUAUUCUUAUCAACACUAUUCAGAAUUUAAGAAGCUGGUCCUCCAAAUUUAAUGUCUGUCACCAUUAGCACCGAGACAAAUGAGUUCAGGAGAGUAGAGCCUUGAAAACUCAACAAGAUGACCUGAGUCUGGCAGGGCCCGCCCCAUGACCUCUUCCUCCAAGUUCUCCAACAGUCUGGAAGACUCCUCAUUCAUUUCUGGAUCCUCCGUCAAAUCUUUGAAUUUCUUGACCCUGCUGACUUUGAACUUCUUCAUACUUACAUAUACAUGUGCUAGUGCAUGAACUCUUACAAACACAUUUUCUGUUACUUUUACAAUUUUUGUAUUAUACAUAAUGUAUGUUUAAUUUUUUUGUUUAUGUGACAUGGAUAUUGUGUCACAACUUAAAUAGUAAAGUCUGGCUCUCUGCAGCCAUGUUGAAAAUAGUCUGAGAAGUCUAAUGGGAAUUUUUUGUCUUGUUUGCAAAACUGCUUUGUGUAUUUGUCUCUUGCAUUUUUUGGUGUAGUCUUCUUUUCUGUCUUCAUAUUACUUUAGAGUGUAUGGGUGGAGUGCGGCUAUUCUUAUCAACACUAUUCAGAAUUUAAGAAGCUGGUCCUCCAAAUUUAAUGUCUGUCACCAUUAGCACCGAGACAAAUGAGUUCAGGAGAGUAGAGCCUUGAAAACUCAACAAGACGACCUGAGUCUGGCAGGGCCCGCCCUAUGACCUCUUCCUCCAAGUUCUCCAACAGUCUGGAAGACUCCUCAUUCAUUUCUGGAUCCUCUGUCAAAUCUUUGAAUUUCUUGAGCUUGCUGACUUUGAACUUCUUCAUACUUACAUAUAUACAUGUGCUAGUGCAUGAACUCUUACAAACGCAUUUUCUGUUACUUUUACAAUUUUUGUAUUAUACAUAAUGUAUGUUUAACUUUUUUUGUUUAUGUGACAUGGAUAUUGUGUCACAACUUAAAUAGUAAAGUCUGGCUCUCUGCAGCCAUGUUGACAAUA